AACAAUGCAAGAGCAGAACCUAAGGACAUAUAUAAUGGUAAUAAUAAGUUAGUGUCCAUGAGUGCGGUCUCUCACAAUCCUACAAAACCUUUAGAUGACCAGGUUUGGAGCUCCAGCAGUACAAACAAGGCAUCAGAUAAACAGCAGCCUAUGAGGUCUCUAAAUAUGAACAAUGUAUCAAAUGAGCAGCAUAACAAAGAUAAGGAUCUACUGCUGGCCAACUUAGGAAAAACCAUGAAGAAACAUGCAGCCCAUAAUGUUUCUAGACAUGCCCCCAGCAAAACCUUAUGCUUUGCGAAUACUGACAUACUGUUAGAUAAGGAGCCUCUGAGCUCUCCAAGUGUUAGCAAGACAUCAGGUGAACAACACAAAGGGACUCCUGUUCCCACAACAGUUUUGGUGCAUGCUGUAAACUCUCAUGCUAUGGAUGUUCCUGUAGACCAGACAGCAACGGUCCCCCAGAGACAAAUUAAAUCAGUAGGUCAUGUCUCAGCUAUUACUACUGGAACUGAUUUGUCGAUUGUGCAGCCUUCAUGCUCUUCCCGUGUCGAUAAUAAAUGCACAGAAAUGGCAUCCAGCUCCCCUAGAGCAAAGGAGACCUUCCAUGUAAAGGAAUUAUUGAUCAAAGAAGCACUGACUUCCAGGGAAGAAGCUCCACUAACAUCCCCUGGUGUCAAAGGUGGUACAACAUCUGAGGUAGAGAAGGCAACUUGUCGUCCCAGUCUACUGCACUUAAAAGCAUUGUCAUAUCAGCUAAAGCAAGGAUAUUUUUUACAAAGUUUCAAAAAGAUUAAUGUACAGCUUCCAAGCAAUGGGAAAUCGCUGAGCACAUUACAAAGCAAAGUCGUUGACUUGGUCUCUGAACAAUCUCCAGAACACAGUAUCAUUUCCCAGCAAACUCAGAAUUAUUUGGGUGAUGUGGAAGAAAACCUAGAAAAUUCAGGUGGUGCAACCUCUGAGCAAACUUCAGAACACCAUAUCAUUUCCCAACAAAAAUAUUUGAGUAGAGUGGAUGGAGACCUUAGAAAAUCAGGGCAGACAGCGGAUGAGCCAGCUACCCUCGAUGACCUCCUGGAUGAUGGAGACAUGGUUGUGAAGGAGAUAACACAUGAAGAUGAAGACACUGUACUUUGUGGGCAGACAGAGGAAGAGCCAGCUUCUUCUGGUGGCCUGCUGGAAGAUGGAGACAUGGCUGUGGAGGAGAUGACGCAUGCAGUUGAAGAUACUGUACUUCUUUAUGGACAGACAGCAGAUGAGCCAGCUUCUCCUGGUAACCGCCCAGAAGAUGGACCCAUGCUUGUGAAGGAGAUAACACCUGCAAAUGAAGACACUGUACUCCUUACUGGGCAGACCGCUGAUGAGCCAGCUUCUUCUAGGGACCUCCAGGAAGAUGAACCCAUGCUUGUGGAGGAGAUAACCCACACAGACGAAGACCCUUCUGAUACAACAAAUGUUGCAGUACUGACCGCAAAGUCUUCACAAACAGCAAUCAGCUCUGGAUUUCCUGCAAAUGUUGACAAGUCCAUGUAUCUAAGCAUUGACCAAAAAAGUAAACUGAUGGAGAGUUAUAAGGAGGCUGAAGAACAGAUGUCAAGAACUGGAGAUACAACAAAAGCAGCUCAAGCUUUCUGGGAUUUGUGCCGAGAGAACAAAUGCAGAGAAUUCUUGCUAACCCUGGUAACAUGUUACAUGAAAUCGGUCUUUCACAAGAUUGUUCACGAACAGCCCAAGGACAGAGACUUUGAACAAGCAUUUUCCUUUCUCCAAGCAAGUGAAUGUUUUGCUGAGUUCAUGAAUGGAACAGAAGAUGACCAGGCAAAGAUCAAUUCCAGGACUAGUAGCAGAGAAACCUACAGUGAAAGUGAUUCAGAAAGUGUUGGUUUUUCUACAGAAGUAAAAGACCAAGAGGAAAUCACCAGAGAUAAAGACCCUGAUGGGAUGAAACCUGAAUCACCUGAACCAUCCCAUACGAGCAACAAAGUAGGGCAAUGCACCACAGAGGAAGACCGUAAUAAAGUGGAAACUGAAUGUUCCAAAACAUUUUCAUUGUCAGUAAACAGAAAAGUAAAGGAAAGCUCUGAAGGUAAAGACCAUAAUGGUAUACAAUGUGAAUCCUCUUUAGAGAGCAACAGGACAGAGAAAAUCUCUGGAGGUGAACAACAUGAUGAUGUACAAGGUGAAUCGCGUGAAUCCUCUUCAGAGAGCAGCAGAAAAGAGCAAAGCACUGUAGGUAUAGACAUAGACAGAAUGGAAACAGAAUUGGCUGCAGCAUCUCGAUUUUUCACCUUCAGCAAGCAGCAGAAGUGAUCUAGUUCUGCCUGAGAACCCCUCUUGGAGACAUAGGACUUCAGAAGAAAUUCAGCUAAAGACCAUGAAAACAAGUUUGCAAGUCCUGAAUAUUCAACUGCAAAAUUUACAGUGCCAAUUGCAGCAGCAGACCGAAGAUGGAGAUGCCGAUUUCGCCAGAAACCUACUCCAGUUUCUGAGGAAAGUUCCGCAAGAUAAAAAGGUGGCCACUCAAAUAUCUAUUCUAAAGGUCUUCUUACGGAUUUGGAUCAGUAG